CAAGCAGGAGAUAAAAAAUUGCACACCAUGAUGCAGAAUAUGGCAUUCAGGAGAAAGAUAAUGGCUACAGAGUGGGUUCAUAAGAAACAUAGGAUGGAAAUCAAUGACCUCAUAGAACGCAUUCGUGAUAUAGAAAGCGUUAGGUUCACCAGAGAAAUGCAGAUGUACUCGAAAGGUAAGAGCUUAGGUCAUAAAACUGAGAUGGACUCUUUCGAACAAGAGAUCGAGGUGAUAAGCGCAGCAUUCGAGAAUAACAUCAGAUUCAGGAAAGAAAAGUUGAGACGAAUACGAAAUCAGAUUCAGUCCUAUAAGAAUCACAAUGCUGCUUUGGAUAAAAGUAUACAGGAAAAAAAUAUAGACGUUUGCGAUCUGAAGCUCCAACAAGACUUGGAUCUUGUCUGUAGAGAGAAUGCUGUAGUAAAAUCGAGAAUGGACGCCUUACUGAAGAGAAGUUGUUUAGUCCAGGCCAUUCAGAAGAAUCAUAAUGAAAUUCUUGUUUUACAAACUGAGUUGGAACUUCUUAGGUUGAAAACGUAUCCCACGUUCAAAUACAAAUUGAUCAAUUCAAGUGAAUAACAUUGUUAAGUUGAAAGGAACAAUAUAAAUAUUGAUAUCA